AUGGCAUACCCACGAAUUGGUGUCACUGGCGCCAUACCCAAUGGUGUCACCUCAGUGGACUGCCAGAAACAAGUCCGUUCAUGGAGGUUUCUGCGCUCUCUCCUGGAGCUCCUCAUCCCAACCUGCAACUGCACCACCUUCGUAGAAGAUCAAGAUCAUAUCAAACAAGAAGAAGAAGACUACUUUCAUAGAAGACCAAUUAGAUCAUACCAAACAACUGCACCACCCACCUUCAUCAGUACUUCUUCCACAACCAUCAUCGGCACCAUUUUCGGCUAUCGCCGCGGCAAAGUUAGGCUCUGUAUCCAAACCAGUACUUCCAAUUCCAUCAUUAACCCAGUUGUUCUCCUCCUUGAACUGGCUGUCCCAACAACAACCCUAGCUAGAGAAAUGCGAGGGGGUAUUCUUCGAAUUGCACUAGAGUGUGCCACACCACCGGGAUAUAGUACUGCUGGUGGUGGUGUUUCUGGCUCUCUCUUGUCCAUGCCAUUGUGGACAAUGUACUGCAAUGGGAGGAAAGUUGGGUAUGCUGUUAAGCGGCAGCCUUCUGAGGCUGAUAUGGAGGCACUUAGGCUACUGAGUGAGGUUGUUGUGGGUGCUGGCAUUAUAAGUGGUAAAGAGCUUAAUAGAGAAGAUGAUGAUGAGGUAUUGUACCUUAGGGCCAACUUUGAGAGAGUUUUCGGGUCAGCUAAUUCUGAGUCCUUCCAUUUGAUUGAUCCUGACGGGAGCAAUAUUGGUCAGGAGCUUAGUAUUUUCCUUUUUCGCUCAAGGUGA